CUUAGCCGAAGUUUGACAGUUUGGUUUGCUGAGAUUCUACUGUGUUUGGUUUCUCAAUAAACAAAAGAUUGCAAAAAUCGCUUCCAUCACUUUCAGCAACGAAAAGCAAAUUUAGUAACAUACACUUUCGCCAAAAUGGACACCAUAGAAUCGCAGCUGCUAGUGCGUAACAAGUGUGAACAGCUACAGAAAUCAAUCAAAGAGCUGUACGAGUGGGAAGAACGGAUGAAAACUACAACUACUGCCAUGGCUCCACCAGUGGACAAUAGUGAGAAUAAAACAUUACCACCCGUGCGAAGCGAUGUGAGGGCGAUGAGCAAAUUCUCCGAGGACAAAGCGAGUGGCGAAAAGCAGGAUCAGGCAGAGAGUGAAACUGUGAACAAAAAAAUAUUGGCCGAUGCCGAGAUGCUCAAGGAGAGAGGCAAUAAGCAGUGCAAGCUCGGAAACUACCAGGAAGCGAUAGAACUGUACAGCCAGGCCAUUGAAACGUACGGCGAUAAUGCGGCAUACUACAGCAACCGUGCGCUGUGCUAUAUGAACUUGGACCUGUUCGACGAUUGUCUGGCGGAUUGUAGCACAGCAAUCGCCAAAGAUCCCAACUACAUAAAGGCAUACUACCGCCGGAUGCAAGCGUACGAGCGAUUGGGCGAGAACGAAAAAGCUGCCACCGAAUGUCGCCAGAUAUUGCGCCUUUCGCAGGAAGAGAAUGAAUUGAACACUGCUAAGCGAGAUUUAGCUAGAAUCGAGAAGCGACUCGAAGCUUCCCAAAAGACAUCAUCUUCUUCCGGCAAGAUUAGUGCCAAGCCGGCGAAAAUGGAUCCAACACUGGCUCUAGUCAAGCAGGAAGCCGACAAAUACAAAGAGCUUGGUAACAAGCAUCUUGCAAGAAAAGACUUUGAAAAAGCCGAACGUAGCUACACGAAAGCAAUCUCUCUCUUUGGCGAGGAAGCCAUCUAUUACACGAAUCGCAGCUUGUGCUAUUGGAAUUUGAAAGAUUACGACAAAUGCUUGGCCGAUUGUAACAAAGCAAUUCAGCUGGAUGAAACCUACUUCCGCCCGUACUAUCGUCGAAUGCAGGUGCGUGAGCUUCGUGGCGCUUACCAGAGUGCGGUCGAAGACUGUCGCAAGUUUAUCGAACUGGCAAAGGAUGAAAAGCAAAAAGGGACGGCCGAGAAGGAUCUGUUACGGUUGGAGCGGUUGGUUAAAACUGAACAACCCGCCAAACAAGCGUUUGUUUGGAGUGAAAUCAAGAAAAAUGCUAAGUUGAUAAAGUUCGUGCAAAAGCCACCACAUCUGCGAUCGAAAAAACCGCUCACACGUAUCACGAUCAAAGAACUGACGCCCUGCCCGGUUGUGACCGUCGAUACGAGCAAAAAACUUCCGUCAAAGUGUAAACCCAUUCCGGAUGCAGCGAUCGAUAAAAUAUUCAACAAUAACACGGGCGAGCGAUUGAUCGAACCGGAAGAACCAACCAACCUGGAACAUUUGUUCCCGGCAAACUCGAAGAAGCUGCGCAAUCUUUUCUCACCGCCUACCACGCCAACCGAGCAGAAGAAACCAUUUACGGCACCAACCAACAAUAAAACGACCUCAGCGACAGCAACGGUGUCAAAGAAAGCGGAAACAAGCAGCAGCAGCAGCACACAAGAGCUGAAGGAUAAUUCCACAAAAAAGGUCGAACAGGUGCAAUCGAGCCAAAAGAAAGCAGAAAAAGGAAGUCAGGAUUCAAAUGAAAAGCAUCCAAAACCGGUUACCGCUCCCUCUGUGAUCCAAACGAUGCGGCCACCAACCACGGUUCCCGGCAUUCCAAAGACAAGUGCUCAAUUUUACACCACCUGGAGUGGAUUGGAUGAAGAUUUAAGAUAUCAGUACUUAACGUUGCUUAGCAACACACCAUCGUUGCGUAAUUUAUUCGGUGCCAGCCUCUCAAAUGAAAUGCUUAGCGAGCUACUGCACAUCCUGCAGAAACGAUUCAUUCCCGACCGGAUCGAGGUAGCGACCGUUCUAAAAGAAAUAGUGCAAAACGAAUCGAUCGGCAUACUGUCACUAAUGAUGGACGAAAAGGAUCGCGACGCUAUAGCACAGCUGCUCAAAUACAUGGAAGCUAAUGGUGUUCACAAGGACGACGUGGAAUUCAUUCGACGUAAGCUAGUCUGAAGAACUACGGUUGGAGUUAAUUUACUUUGUUUCGAUGAUAUUUCGAUAAUGAAUGGAAAAGAAGCACUUUAAAUUAGUAAUCUACUUCCCCAACUUGGUAUUCAACAUACUUUCCAAAGGCGUUUACAAAAAAAACAGAAGAUCUUUUCUAUUAAUUAUCCACGUGCACCUCCCUCAUAGGUAGUAGAGUUGGCAAGCUGCUCCAUCAUAACGAAUAAAAAGAAUUUGAAUGUUAAA